CUUCUUUCUUUCGCUCUUCUUCUUCUUUCUUUCUGGGUCUGAAUGCAUCACCAAACAAUAACCCUAAAAUCUCCACUCUCUUACCAUGUCUGUUCACAACACUCCGCCGUCUUACCCAAAAACCCUAGACUAACAAAGCUCCCUAAUUUCCCGCCAAUUUCAGCUAAGAACAGACCCAGUUCUUCCACGUUCUACUGCUACGGAAUUGGAACCGGAAUCUCUGCACCUAACCACGCUUCCGAUUCUCAAUACGGCAACUUACACGAUUGGAAACUGAGGAGCACUGGAGUUAAAACUAUUGAUGUUGCCACCUUGGGUAAUCUCUGCGUCGAUAUUGUUCUCAAUGUUCCCAAAUUGCCCCCGCCUUCCCGCGACGACCGCAAAGCUUAUAUGGACCACUUGGCCUCCUGUCCACCAGAUAAGAAAUACUGGGAAGCUGGUGGAAACUGUAAUAUGGCUAUAGCAGCGGCAAGAUUGGGACUUCGAUGUAUGAGUAUUGGUCAUGUAGGUGACGAAAUUUAUGGAAAGUUUCUAAUAGAUGUGCUUCGUGAUGAGGGAAUUGAUGUAGUUGGAAUGAGUGAAGAUACUGAUGUUGUUGACCGUUCUAGUGCCUCAUAUGAAACCCUUUUGUGCUGGGUUCUUGUGGACCCUUUGCAAAGACAUGGCUUCUGCAGUCGAGCUGAUUUUAGAAAGGAGCCUGCAUUCAGCUGGAUGAACGCACUAUCGAGCGAUGUAAAGAUGGCGAUUAAGCAGUCAAAAGUCCUGUUUGUUAAUGGUUAUGGUUUUGAUGAGCUCUCCCCUAGUCUGAUAUUAUCAGCUCAAGAGUAUGCUGCUGAAGUUGGGACGUCAAUAUUUUUUGAUCCUGGACCACGUGGAAAGAGUCUUUCUAGAGGAACGGCUGAAGAACAAAGAGCCCUUAGCCAUUUGUUGAGGAUGAGUGACGUUCUUCUUCUAACAUCUGAUGAGGCUGAAUCUUUGACUGGCAUAAGAUACCCAAUUCUGGCAGGCCAGGAGUUACUCAGGAAGGGCCAGCGCACAAAUUGGGUGAUUGUUAAAAUGGGUUCUAGGGGUUCAAUUUUGAUCACAAAGUCAAGCAUAUCAUGUGCACCUGCAUUCAAGGUGAAUGUAACAGAUACCGUUGGAUGUGGAGAUAGUUUUGUGGCUGCUGUUGCAUUUGGUUUUAUACACAAUAUGCCCACAGUUAGUACAUUAACAAUUGCAAAUGCAGUAGGUGCUGCAACUGCCAUGGGUUGUGGUGCUGGUAGAAAUGUGGCGACCUUGGGCCAAGUAAUAGAACUUAUGAGGGCAUCCAACCUCAAUGAAGAUGGGGAGUUGUGGGAUGAACUACUUAAUGAAGAUGUGCAUGCCCAGGAAAUUACGUUUCUUUCAAAAAUAGGCAUAAAUGGAAGCACAAACCACUUGAACCGUGUGGACCUGCAAAAGGUGGUUUCUGAAUUGCUGCUUAAGCUUGAAUAUGCUUGGCUGGAGGGAAAAGUGUCAUCUUGAUGUGAGGGACAAUAGGUUUUCAGUUACUAAUUUGAAUUUAUUGGAACUAAUUCAUUCUAUUGGUUCUACUGAGUUUGAUUGCACUGGUAGUUCCACUCCUGUGGAAGGAGGCCUGAUUUUUGACAAUUAGCACAUGUCAGGUUCUUCUCAAUUUCUCUAUUGGUGUCAGGAUAAAAUACACAUUUAGAAAAGCUUCGAUUCAAGUCAGAGUUUGCAAGAUUGCUUAAUUUGCCGUUUAUAUUUAUUUUUAGUGAGCAUUUAUACUAAUGGUUUGUCUGAUGAUAUUAUAGUGGCUAUUGGAAUGAAA